CUUCAAAAGUUAUUUGUAACAUUCUAGUUUCCUAAAAAUGUAUUUUUCAGCAUCUGGGUGUUCUAUGUGACACUCUAAGAAAUUGGCUGUUCAAUUUUUUUCCCCCGGCAUGUUAGAGCUGAGGCCUCUGUUUGCUUCUUCAAGCCUCAGAGACACACUGGGAGGCAAACUCUCCUCUGACAACUGCAAAUAUGGAAUGAACUGAGAAAACAACAUAAACAACACACAAUAAACAAGUAGAGAAAUAAAGAGCUGCUCACCAUGGAGCCAGACGGACCGAUACCUCGAACCUGGAGUGUGGGCUCCGGCUCUGGUCUACAUUAUGGCUCUUUUGUGAACAGCCUUUCAUCACUCACACCAAAGGAAGAGGAAAAGGAGAAGCCAGCCAUAUCACCCAGACGCGCCUAUAUAGCGGUCGCUGUGCUUUGCUACAUCAACUUGCUCAACUACAUGGAACGCUACACAAUAGCAGGUGUCCUUCCCAACAUCCAGAAAUUCUUUGAUAUAAGUGACAGUAUAUCUGCACUUAUACAAACAGUUUUCAUCUGCAGUUUCUUGCUUUUGGCCCCUCUAUUUGGUUACCUUGGUGACCGCUACAACCGGAAAUACAUCAUGAUUGGUGGUAUAAGUGUCUGGCUCGCCACUGCGGCUGGCAGCUCUUUUGUCACUCAGUCGCAAUUCUGGCUUCUGAUGCUGUUGCGGGCAAUGGUCGGGGUAGGAGAGGCCAGCUACUCCACCAUUGCUCCCACCAUCAUUGGGGACCUCUUUGUCGGGUCUAAACGGAGCGUCAUGAUCUGUGUCUUCUACCUCUUUAUCCCUAUUGGAAGUGGUCUUGGAUAUGUAACAGGGGCAGGGGUUGCUACUCUUACAGGAGACUGGCGCUGGGCUCUCAGGGUCACUCCCAUCUUGGGUGCAGUGGGACUUGUCUUGCUGUUCUUCCUGUGCCCUAACCCACCCAGAGGUGCUGCAGAAACCCACGGAGAGGGAGUUACAGGGGAGAGCACUUACCUGGAGGACAUCAAGUAUCUUCUGAAAACGAGAAGUUAUGUGUGGUCAUCACUGGGAGUGACCGCUACAGCCUUCCUGACUGGAGCCCUGGCUUUCUGGACGCCCACCCUCCUGUCCAGAGCUCGGGUCAGUCAGGGACUCCAGCCAGCGUGCAUCAAAGAGCCCUGCAACCCCAUAGACAGUUAUAUCUUUGGCGCUGUGACGGUGGUGACGGGCAUUCUGGGAGGGAGUCUGGGCAGCGUUUUAUCCAGACGGUUUAGGGACAAGUUCCCGAAUGCGGACCCCCUCAUCUGUGCAAUAGGCCUGUUGGGAUCAGCUCCCUGCCUCUUUGCCUCCCUCUUUGUUGCAUCAUCAAGCAUUGCCGCCACUUAUGUUUUCAUUUUCUUUGGUGAAAUACUGAUAUCACUGAACUGGGCUGUCAUGGCUGACAUACUGCUGUACGUUGUCAUACCAACCAGAAGAGCCACAGCUGAGGCUCUCCAGAUUUCAGUCUGUCAUCUGCUCGGUGAUGCUGGGAGUCCGUACCUAGUCGGAGCGAUCUCAGAUGCCAUACAGCAAUCUAAACCUGACUGGACUUUUCGGAGCCUGAAGUACAGCCUGCUGCUCUGUCCGACUGUUGGGCUGCUGGGUGGACUGUUUUUCAUUAUGACCUCCCGUUACAUCACUGAAGACAGGGAGGCAGCUACACAGUUGGUUGGAGGAGUUCCUCCACCACAGCCACAGGGUCCUACAUCUGAGCCCCCAAUAGAGCUGAGCAACGGGAACAAAAGCAACGAUGCAAAUAAUUUAUCUGUAAAGACUUGAAGUUAAGUUAAAAACUACGAGGACAUUGGAGUUGACUUGAAAAGAUCAAUUUUUUUGUCACUUUAUAGCCCUGCACUGACGACUGAUGUCUGUUCACUCAAUGUUUAUGUUCUAUGGAUGAAGUCAGGUCAUUUAGAUUUAUUAGUUUAGAUGUAAAAACUCCUGCAAGACUCCAUCAGGAGAAAUGGUAAUCCUUUUACAGUGCAGUAAAAACAUGGGAACUGGUUUUCUUAACUCUAAAGAUAAAACCGUUGUACUGUGUAGUAUACUUAAAAAGUAUACAUGCUUAUA